GGUACAUUCCGUGUCGUACACGGAAAAAGAUUAUAAACAUCUCCAAGGCGGGCAGCAUUUGAUUCCGCUGGAAAUAAAGUGCCGAAUUGAAGGGAGAUCUAUAUAGUGUGUGUAAGACCUGAACUGAAUCCAGCUUAACCACAACACACAACAUGCAGGAAGACUCGAGCCGCAGUCCCAGCUACACGGUGGCGUGUGAGGACUAUGUUCACGUGGUGGAGUUCAGCCCUUUUAGCUCUGGAACUCCAGCUUCUCUCCUGGCCUACGGUGGAAACCAGUAUGUGGUAGUGGGCACCUGCCUCUUCCAGGAGGAGGAUGUGGAGAUCGAGGGAGUUGAGUUCAACGUUCUUCGAGCUUUUCAUCAUGAAUUGCGUGUCGAUGCUCUCGCCUGGAGCCCUGAGUCUCGGCUGGACAGGAUACCCACUAUCAGAUUGUGCACCGCCGCAGCCGACAGAAAGCUACGCCUGCUGACUUCUGAUCUGCAGGAUAGGCAUGAAGUCAAGGUGAUGGAGGGCCACACCAGCUACAUUAACCAUUUGGUGUUCGAGCCCACAGAGGGGAAACAAAUUGCUUCCGUCAGUGAUGACCACACUUGCAGAGUUUGGGACCUGGAUGGAAACGAAAGCACUGUUCUCAGACUUCGCUCUCCUGGCAUGAGUGUGUGCUGGCAUCCAGAGGAAGUGUUCAAGUUAAUGGUGGCAGAGAAAAAGGGGACGAUUCGCUUCUACGACCUGGUCACCCAGCAGGCCAUCCUGUCGCUGGACUGUGGAACGCUCAUCUCGGCCGACUGGUGUCUCACCAACACCAUCAAAGUGGGCGCGGUGGCGGGUAAUGACUGGCUUAUCUGGGACAUAACGCGCUCCAGUUACCCUCAAGAAAAAAGGCCGGCGCAUAUAGAUAAAGCUCGGCUGUUCAAAUGGUCUCGAGCCAAUGAAAACCUUUUCGCCACCACCGGAUGUCCAGGAAAGAUCACCAGUCAGUUGUUCAUCCACCAUCUCGGCCACCCACAACCGGUGAUGAUCGGAUCGGCCCCUGUCGGAUCGGGUCUCAGCUGGCACCGGACGCUGCCCCUCUGUGUUGUUGGAGGUGACAGGAAACUUUGCUUUUGGAUGACUGAAAUGUAGACUUCUGUGCUGCACUUUCCCUUCGUCCUUUGUUUCUAUCCUAGUAAAUGUUCAAUAAAAUAUUUUUCUUAGUA